AUGCGGUCGUGCUGCAGCAACGGAGUUGCUGCUUUCGAAUCCAAAGUCAACAAGGAGGUCAGGGGGGCCCCACAGGGGCCCCCAGAAUUAGAAAGAGAAGCAGCAGCAAGUUGCUGCUGCAGCAGCGGGUCCCCAGGGGCUGGAGCAGGUGCGCAGCGGGGUGCUGCUGCUGCUGCUGCAGCAGCAGCAGCAAAGGAUCCACUGCCUCCUCCCUCUCUCUCUUGUCACCUGAAGUGCGCGGCAGCAGACGGGGCCCCCGGGCAGCAGCAGCAGCAGCAGCACUGGGGGGCCCCUGAGCAGCAGCAGCAGCAGCAGCUGGGGCCCCU